CUGGGGCGGGAGGCGGGAGGCGGCACCGCCCUGCGCGCCGAGUCUUGGGGAGCGGGAACAGAAAACUGAAAGCAAAACCUGAGCUGGCGGCCGCAACGUCUGGCCUUUUCUGCGGGCCACUCGUCUCCUCUCCACCAUGACUGGUGUUUCCACCUUCAGUGUGACUGGAGGCGCAGUUAGCCAAGGGAUGUGCCUGCCUGCCUGCCUGUGUGUGUUACCUGGUGACAGUUAUAUACAGGCAUCAGCUUUGAAAGUCAGGGACUCCCCAGCUUCUGAGAGAACCAUGGUUGUUGAUGGUCUUCCAGUUGGCCUUUUAAAAGAUCAGCUUCUGAAGCAUUACUUCCGAGAUGAGAUUGGUGAUAUUGAAGAGGUGAUAUAUCCAACGAGAGUCAAAGGUGUUGCAUAUGUAAUAUUCAAAGAAAAGAAAGUUGCACAAAGUGUCAUCAGACAAAAGAAGCACCAUCUAGCCACGAAGCCUCACCUUGCAGUCUCUCAUUUCAGUGAAAAGGUCUUCAGCUCUGUGACAGCUCUCCUCGAUCUGUCUGUUUUUCGGAGUAAAAUUGAACUAGAAAGCCUGGUAAUGGACCUGAAAAACAAAAUCCCAACUUUAAAGUUCAGCCCAUUGGGACCCAGCGGAAAAAUCUCUGUGCAAGGAUCAUUUCUGGCUGUCAUGAAGCUCAAAAAGUCUUUGCUAUUAAAAGCAAUUUCCCCUUUAGAAAACAGCAGCAAUUAUACCAGUGAGAGGAAAAACUGGAAUAGACAGAGCCCCCAAAGGGGUCCACAGAAAAGUGAGAACUCUGUGGUGACGCUCCAGUCCUCCGUACCUGAGCUUGUUAGAAGCCAAGAAACACUUGUGCUUGACACAGAUGUUUUCCUUUACCUGAAGCACAAGUGUGAAUUUUAUAAACCCAUGCUGAACAAAUUCCAUAUCCUGUGUCAGGAGAUGGUGGAUGGAGAGGUCACUACCAUUUGUCUGCAAGAUGCCCACGAUGGAUCUCAACCCAGCAGAGUCCGACAUGUGAAAAAACUCAUUGAAGAGUGGUCUGAGGCUCUCCAUCUUGAGCUCAGAAAGGAAACACUGGUUUGGGAUGGAAAGGGAAUUAGAGAGAAAAGAAAAAUUAAACAGGCUUGUGAACAGCUAUGUUGCACAUAUCUUAGGGUUUUGACACAAUUUCAUAGGACACACAUUGACAUUGUAGGUUCUUCUUCUGACACUUACCUAUUUAAAACAGAACUCAUGAAGUUAAUAGGGCAAAAAGUCAGUUAAGAGCUCAGCCAUAGUCAUAAUGGUGUUGCUUCCCCCUAUUCAGUAGUGACCUUGUUUGCAUGACAAAUCUCCUCUCACCCUAGUGGCCUUCUUUUGCUCUGUGGAUUGCUGUGUUCAUAUUACAGGGGCAGGAGCUAGGAUAUAGAGAUUAAAACACCUAUCCAACGUUACCCAGCUCACAAGGAAUGGGGCUGGCACUGAAUACAAAAAUAAUAUCUAAAUCACACUUCAGGAAAAAAAAAAACCUCACUCAACUUUGAAGAACUCCAAAUUAAUUAGAAAAAGUAGUCUUA